GAGCGGGCGCCCCGGGCCUGGGAGCCGCGGGCAGCGGGGGAGGGCGGUCCCCCAGCCCCGGGCCGCGGGCAUGGGGUCCCAGGUGCUGCAGCUGCUCCGCCAGGGCGUGUGGGCCGCGCUCACCGGCGGCUGGUACCACGACCCCGAGCACAGCAAGUUCACCAACAGCUGCCACCUGUACCUGUGGCUGUUCCUGCUGCUGCUGCCGCUGGCCCUGCAUCUGGCGCUUCCUCCCAGCGCCUUCGCCGUAUUUCUCUACUGCAGUUCAGUGGCUCUGCUCUUCGCAGUAAUCAAACUGGUCAGCUACCGCCUGCACCUCAUGUUCGAUAAAGGGGAAGCCAUUCGGCGAAGGCCCUCCCGGAAGAGGGAGAGGCCCAGCAAACACAGAGAGGCCAGCAGCGAGCACACACCGAGCCACAAGACCCCCAGCCAUACCCAGCUGGCCGGCAGCGGCAAGAAGGGCGAGUGCGACCGGAACAGCUGCACGCCUCCCCUGGGCUGCGGCUCUCCAGGCCAGAACUCCAGCUCCCACCGCUCCUCGGGGCUGCCGGAGCUGCCUGCUCAGGAAACCGCCGAAGACCUCAAAGGUGUCAUUCUGGCAGACGACCAACCGGUGGUGGCCCCGGCGGCACCCACCCCUCCUGGCGCCCCCAAGGACAGCUCCCCUCCUCGUAAAGCCUCGGUGCCGGGAGCCGGGACCCCACCGGCCGGACGGCCGGAGCCGGGCGUGGCAGGAGAGGACGGCAGAGGGCGGGCCGGAGGGGGCAGGGGGCAGCCCCGUCUCCGCCACCGGUCGGAGGGCGGCCUGGAGCGCCCCCCGAGGGAGCGGCCGCACCUGUCCGCCUCCCACUCGGACCUGCAGGACACGGGCGCUUCCUUCCAGCGGUGGGGGAGCGAGGAUUCGGUAACCAAGCAUGAUGCCCGGGGCCGCGCCGGGGAGCGGCCGCCCCGGGAGAGCCUGAGCCGCAGCUGGCCGCAGUGCCACACCGGCACCCCCCAGCCCGGCGGGCACCCCUUGGAGGACCCCUCCCGCCGGGCGGACCCGCCCUUGAACCUGCAAAGGGACGUCUCCGAGGGCCACCUGGCCGUGACCCUGACGGCCGCCUCUGCGCCCGGGGACCCACGGAGCCCCCCGCACGAGCCGAUCAGGAUUGUCAUCACCGUGAGCAGCGCCCGGGGCUCCACGUCCGACCUGGAGAGCUCGCUCCGCCUGCAGGAGGGCGGCCCCCCCAACCUGGAGCAGAGAAUCCCCGCCAUCACCCUGGAGCUGCCCGAGGACCGGGGCGCCGACCAGGGGGCCCCCGAGGAGAGGUGGACGGCGGAGGCCCCCGGGGGGGAGCGGGGAAGGCCCGGCCCGGCCAGCCUGGACCCCUCGACGUGCAGGAGCGGCCAGGAGAAGCGGCACGCCCGGGUGCUCAGCAUGGACAGCGGCACUGAGGUCCUCCUGAGCAGAGGCCCCGCGGAAGGCGGGCAGGAGAAGGAGCGGGCCAUGCCCACGUCCAAGUCCGACCUGGAGGCCAAGGAGGGGCAGGCGCCCAACGACUCCAACUUCCUGGAGUUCGUCUCCCUGCUGGAGUCCAUCAGCACGGCCACGGUGGGGGCGGGCGGCCGGAGGCGCGGCCCCGCGGAGCCGGGCAGGGAGGGCCGGCUUCCUGGAGACCACGGCUCCCAGGAGAGGAAGAGCGAGACCGUGGAACGUGGACGCCGCGCCAAGCAGGGGAAGCCGGACGCGCAGAGCCAGGAGCACGCCAGCCCCAGCCCCGCGCGCACGGAGCCCGCCAAGGUCACGGCCCUUUUCCAGGGCCACAGGCACAGACAGAUCAUCUACCGGGUCAGGUCCCAGCAGGACAGCUCCGUCUUGCAGGUCAUCAGCGGGCCUGAGACGUCGGGGCCGGAGGAGAUGUCCAUGGACGCCAUGCACGUCUUCAUCGACGGCCACGGAGAAAUCCGGUCCUGCUACUUAAAGUCUGGGACUCAGAAAGACGGCCCGGCCCAGCACCAGCCGCCCAGCCACGACGGCCUCUCUCCCGCCGGAGACGCCCCGGUCAGCUCCUCCAGCUCCAGCUCAGGGAGCCCCGACCCGUCCUCGGGGGACGCCGCCCUGAGCCCGCUGCAGCAGCAGCUGCUGCUGAUGGUGGCGCAGAGGACGCAGCCGGCCAGCCCCCGGCACCGGAGCCAGGACCUGGAGGCCUCGUCCUGCUCGUCGGCCCCGGGGAAGUUCAGCCGCGACCAGUUCUACAGGUUCCUUGUCUUCCCCGGCAAGAGGGUCAAGGUCUGGUACGACCGCCUGGCGCUGCUGGCGCUGCUGGACCGGACGGAGGACGUCAGGGAGAACGUGCUGGCCGUCUCGCUGGUCGUGCUGGUGUCGCUGCUGGGCUUCCUGACGCUGAGCCGCGGGCUCUGCAAGGACCUGUGGGCGCUGCUCUUCUGCCUGGUGAUGGCCGGCUGCCAGUACUCCCUGCUCAAGAGCGUCCAGCCGGACCCCGCCUCGCCCAUCCACGGCCACAACCAAGUCAUUGCGUACAGCAGACCAAUCUAUUUUUGUGUGCUGUGCGGCCUUCUUUUGCUUCUCGAUGCAGGGGCCAAGGCCAGGCACCCCCCCGCCUACGCCAAGUACGGCCUGACGCUGUGCUCACCGGAGUCACUCCAGUCCGCCAGGGACUUCCUCCUCGGGUUUCUGUAUUGCUUCCCCGCCAUCUCCCUCCUGGGCCUCUUCCCGCAGAUCGACACGUUCUGUGUUUACCUCCUGGAGCAGAUCGACAUGCUGGUCUUCGGCGGCUCUGCCGUGUCUGGCAUGACCUCGGCCGUGUGCAGCGUGGCCCGCAGCGCGGCCGCCGCCUGCGCCCUGCACGCGCUCUGCUUCAGCGCCGUGAAGGAGCCCUGGAGCACCCAGCACAUCCCCGCGCUGUUCUCCGCCUUCUGCGGCCUCCUGGUCUCCCUGUGCCUCCACCUGAGCCGGCAGAGCAGCGACCCGGCCGUGCUCCUGUCCUUCAUCCGGGGCCGAUGGUUCCCCCGGAGCUCCCCCCGGGACCCCGCGGAGCCGGCUGAGGACCCGCUCCCGGGGAAGAUGCGGGACUCGGUGAAGGCCGUCCUGCGGUCGGACCUGCUCCUGUGCCCCCUGGCCGCCGUGCUGUCCUUCGCGGUGAGCGCCAGCACCGUGUUCCUGUCCCUGAGGCCCUUCCUGGGCCUGGCGCUGUUCGCCGUGGCCGGCGCCGUGGGCUUCGUGACCCACUACCUGCUCCCGCAGCUGCGCAAGCACCACCCCUGGAUGUGGCUGGCGCACCCCGUGCUCCGGGGCAGGGAGCACCGGCAGCGGGAGGUGACGGAGGCCGCCCACGUGAUGUGGUUCGAGCGGCUGUACCUGCGGCUGCAGUGCGUGGAGAAGUAUGCCCUGCACCCCGCCAUCGUCCUCAACGCCCUCACCCUCGACGCCUUCGCCAUCAGCACCUACCGGCGGCCGGGCACCCACUGGGACAUCUUCCUGCUGAUCGUGGCGGGCAUGAAGCUGCUGCGCGCCUCCUUCUGCCACCCCGGCCGCCAGUUCGCACCGCUGGGCCUCGCCGUCCUGUUCUUCCACUUCGACUGCCGCGGGCUGUGCGACAGCUUCCUGCUGGACUUCUUCCUGGCGUCCGUCCUGUGCAGCAAGCUCGGGGACCUGCUCCAGAAGCUGCAGUUCGUCCUGGCGUACGUGGCCCCGUGGCAGAUGGCCUGGGGCUCCUCCUUCCACGUGUUCGCGCAGCUCUUCGCAAUCCCUCACUCAGCCCUGCUCUUCGCCCAGACGGCGGCCACGUCCGUCCUGUCCACGCCGCUGAGCCCCUUCCUGGGCAGCGUGCUGUUCGUCACGUCCUACGUGCGGCCCGUCAAGUUCUGGGAGAAGGACUACAACACCAGGCGCGUGGACAACUCCAACACCAGGCUGGCCGUCCAGAUGGAGAGGGACCCAGCGAGCGAUGACAACAACCUCAACUCCAUCUUCUAUGAGCACCUGACGCGCUCCCUGCAGGAGUCGCUCUGCGGGGACCUGGCCCUCGGCCGCUGGGGCAACUACGGCUCCGGAGACUGCUUCAUCCUGGCCUCCGACUACCUCAACGCCUUCGUGCACCUCAUCGAGGUCGCCAACGGCCUGGUCACCUUCCAGCUCCGCGGGCUGGAGUUCCGAGGGACGUACUGCCAGCAGCGGGAGGUGGAGGCCAUCAUGGAGGGCGCCGAGGACGACGGGGGCUGCUGCUGCUGCCGGCCGGGCCACCUGCCGCACCUGCUGUCCUGCAACGCCGCCUUCCACCUGCGCUGGCUCACCUGGGAGGUCACCCGCACGCACUACGUGCUGGAGGGCUACCGCGUGCUGGACAACAACGCCGCCACCAUGCUGCAGGUGUUCGACCUGCGCCGGGCGCUGGUCCGCUUCUACGUGCAGAGCAUCGUCUACUACCUGGUCACGUCGCCCACGCUGCCCUCCUGGCUGGGGAGCGAGGCCCUCCGCGCUGCACUGCAGCCCUUCGCCAAGUGGCACCACAUCGAGCGCGACCCCGGCGUGUUCCACGCGCACAUCGACGAGGACUACGUGCCCUGCCUGCAGGGCGUCACGCGGGCCAGCUUCUGCAGCGUGCACCUCGAGUGGAUCCAGCACUGCGCGCGGAGGGCGCAGGAGGCCCCGCAGACCCUGGACAGUGAUGAGGACUCCCCGCUGGUGACCCUGGCCUUCGCCCUCUGCAUCCUGGGCAGGAGAGCGCUGGGCACCGCCUCGCACAGCCUGGCGCUCAGCCUGGACUCCUUCCUGCACGGCCUGCAUGCCCUCUUCAAGGGCGACUUCCGGCUGGCCGCCCGGGACGAAUGGGUGUUCGCCGACAUGGACCUGCUGCAGAGGGUGCUGGCCCCGGCCAUCAGGAUGGCCCUCAAGCUGCACCAGGACCAGUUCACCUGCCCGGACGAGUACGAGGACCCCGCGGUCCUGUUCGAGGCCAUCCGGGCCUUCGAGCGCACGGUGGUCAUCUGCCAUGAGGGCGACCCGGCCUGGCGGGGCGCGGUGCUUGCCAACCGGGAGGAGCUGCUGACGCUGCGACACGUGGUGGACGACGGUGCCGACGAGUUCAAGGUCAUCAUGCUGCACCGGAGCUUCCUCAGCUUCAAGGUGAUCAAGGUGAACAAGGAGUGCGUGCGGGGCCUGUGGGCCGGGCAGCAGCAGGAGCUCAUCUUCCUGCGGAACCGCAACCCGGAGCGCGGCAGCAUCCAGAACCACCGGCAGGUGCUGCGCAACCUCAUCUGCUCGUCCUGCGACCAGCCGCUGGGCUACCCCAUGUACGUGUCCCCGCUGACCACCUCCUACCUGGGCAGCCACGGCCAGCUGCGCGGCCUCUGGUGCGGCCCCGUCACGCUGCACGGCAUCCGGGCCUGGCUCCGCACCAAGUGGCUCAGGAUGCGCAAGGACUGCCACGCCGAGCAGCGUGCGGGCGGCAGCAUCGAGGACGGGGACGGAGCGGGGGCCCCGUCCACAGGCCGCGGCAGCGCCCCGAGUGCGGGCGGCCAGGAGCAGCCAGGAAGAGAGGGGACCCACCACUGGUCACCCCGGGAGGGGGUACGGAACACAGGCCGGAGGAAGGGCCGGAGCCAGUCCGUCCAGGCCCAUGGGGCGCUGAGCCCACGGCCCCCCUAUCUGAGCGCGUCCGGCCCGAUCCUGGAGGGCCGCCCGGCCGCCCUCCCCACGUCCUCCUCGGCCCUCGGCCUGGCCGCCCGGCCGGAGGGCAGCCGGCUCUCCCUGCGCGGCUCGGCCGCCUCCCUGCACUCGCAGCCGCCGCCCGCGGCGCCCGGGCCCCUGGGCGUGCGGGAGCGGGCCGAGGCCCUGGUGCGCUCCAGCCUGGGCUCCUCCAGCAGCUCCACCCUCAGCUUCCUGUUCGGCAAGAGAAGCUUCUCCAGCGCCCUGGUCAUCUCCGGGCUCUCGGCCGCCGAGGGCGGCGCCACCAGCGACACCCAGUCCUCCAGCAGCGUCAACCUGGCGCUCGGCCCCUCGGCCCGGGCCGCCAGCCAGGCCCAGAGGCACUUCUCGGACCCGUGCGACCCCGCCGAGGCCGCCGAGCAGGCCCAGCUCCGCGGGCGCCCGGCCGCGGGCCCCGGCGUGCUCUGCCGGAGGGCCAGCCAGGAGGACAUGGGCCUGGACGACACAGCCUCCCAGCGCAGCGCUUCGGACGAGCAGUAGGAGAGACCGGUCCCCCGCGGCUCCGCCUUCCCUUCGCCCCCUGCUGCUCCCCCAAAGCUAAAGGCAGCCAACAGUCACCCACUGAGCCCUCCCGCGGACGGGGGAGAGCUGGAGUGGACGCUCACUGGAUCUCAGGUUACUGGACAGACUCUCACACGAUGGGCAGAACCAGGGGGUCAGGCCUCCCCUCCCGCCACCUGCCCCACGGAGGGAACGAGGCCCAAAGCUCCAGAAUUUGGAUUUAAACAAAAGCCAUGCACCAUCCGCCGACAGUAACACACGCACACGCACGCUCAUGCAAACGCACACGCAUGCACGCCACCAAGAAAGAGCACCUAGCGGCCACCGCACCCUGCCCGCCACCAGCCCAGGCGCGGAAGUCACGUCCACGCACACGCUCACUGCUCUGUAGUGUUCACGCUGAUGUUAGUGCGUGUGAACCGGUGACAUGCAUGCAGCCGUGUCCACGGCCCCGUGUGACAGCCACAUCCCCGCAGGAGAGCCGGCCCGGUCCUUAGGGGCGCACGCUUGUUCCCCAGGCCAAGAAGUCCCACCCCCCAGGGCCCGGGCCACCUGCACAAGCCUAUUUUUUUUGGAAUUAAAGGGUUUAUA